AUGCACACGAGACACCUCCUCCGCCUGACUGCGCCGCGAGCCUGUCCAACUACUCCUAGCCCCUCCUCCCUCAACAAACUCCCCGGCCGACCUGUCAGCACGCCACUCCUACCAGUCUCACUUUCAGCCGCCGUGGCGCCCUUCUCGACGUCGCAGAACCGCAAGCUUAGGAAUCAGAUAUACACCUCCGUCCGUAAGCCUGAUGAUUUCUACACAUAUCAGCAGAUCUCGUCGUCGUCCAGAACGCCUCUCCUAACGCUGUGGACUACAUCUUGGUGCUCAACCUGUCGCGUCGUUGCUCCCCUUCUGCAAUCGCUUGUAGAGUCCGGUGUUGGCGAGGCUGAGGGCGGCGUCGCCUUUUGUACUGUCGAGUACGACUCGCCCGACAUUAUGAGCGCGGGCUUCGGCAUGACCUACAUGAUCACGUCCGUGCCGACGCUCCUCAGCUUUGAUGCUCAAGAGGCGCAGGUGCAGACCAAGGUCCAAGACGCCAGAAAGAUGGCCGACCGCCAAUUUCUCGAGGACUGGAUUCGAAACGAGGCCCGUCGACACGGCGGACGCGGUGGCGGAAGUGGAGGCAGUGGGCCAGAUGGCAAGGGCCCCUUUGGAGGUCUAUUUGGCAACUGGAAAUGA